GUAUAUGUAGGUGUGUUUAUGUCUGUCUGUUGUCAGGGGCCAGUGAUGCCAGGAAGUCAUUCAGUUGAGCGCUUUGUGAUUGAGGAGAACCUGCGCUGCAUCAUCAAGUCUCACUGGAGGGAGAGGAAGACCUGUGCUGCCCAAUUGCUCAGCUACCCUGGAAAAAACAAGAUUCCCCUUAACUACCAUAUUGUGGAGGUGAUAUUUGGUGAGUUAUUCCAGCUGCCCAGUCCUCCUCACAUUGAUGUCAUGUACACUGCGUUACUCAUUGAGCUCUGCAAACUGCAACCAGGCUCAUUACCACAAGUUCUCGCUCAAGCCACAGAAAUGAUGUAUAUGAGGCUGGACACAAUGAACACAACCUGUAUAGACCGGUGA